CUUCUCAGCUGGGAAGGUGGGAAUGGAGCUACAAGGACCUGCUCAGGACAGUUCUGGCUUCUGUGGACUCUGCUUCUCCAGUAAAUGAACCUUGAGGAAAACUGACCAGUUCUUACAGUUCCAAAAUCAUGGCUCAUGAUUUGGUGAUGUUCAGAGAUGUGGCUGUAGACUUUUCUCAAGAAGAGUGGGAAUGUCUGAACUCAUAUCAGAGGAAUUUGUACAGGGAUGUGAUAUUAGAGAACUAUAGCAACUUGGUAUCACUGGGAUGUUCCAUUUCUAAGCCAGACGUGAUUACCCUAUUGGAACAAGGGAAAGAGCCCUGGAUGGUUGUGAAAGAUGAGAAAAGGAGAUGGAGCCUAGAUUUGGAAUCCAGGUAUGAAACUAAAAUGUUAUUUCAAGAAAAGAGUAUUUACGAAAUGAAUUUAUCUCAGUGGGAAAUAAUGGAAAGAAUUAAAAGCAAUGGACUUGAUGACUCCUUUUACAGAAGAGAUUAUGAAUAUAAAAAGUCUGAGGGACAGGAGGGUCCUCACAAGGUAUAUUUCAGGCAAGUGACAAAAGUCACCUCUGCAAAAAUGCCCACUUACAGAAAAUUCACAUCUCUUACUCUAUGUCAGAAAAGUAAUAACAGAGAGAAACCCUAUGAAUGUGGGGAAUGCGGGAAGGCUUUUAGAGUGCGCCAACAACUUACUUUCCAUCAGAGGAUUCAUACAGGUGAGAAACCCUAUGAAUGUAAAGAAUGUGGAAAAGCCUUUAGACAGUGUGCCCACCUUAGUCGGCAUCAGAGAAUUCAUACUUCUGACAAACUCUAUGAAUGUAAAAAAUGUGGAAAGAUCUUUACCUGUGGCUCAGACCUUCGAGUACAUCAGAGAAUUCAUAUUGGUGAGAAGCCCUAUGAAUGUAAGGAAUGUGGGAAAGCCUUUAGAGUGCGAGGACAACUUAAUCUCCAUCAAAGAAUUCAUACUGGCGAGAAACCCUAUGAAUGUAAGGAAUGUGGGAAGACCUUUAGACAGUAUGCACAUCUUACCCGACAUCAGAGACUUAACAUUGCUGAGAAGUGCUAUGAGUGUAAAGAUUGUGGACAGGCUUUUCUGUGUAGUACAGGUCUUCGAAUACAUCACAAACUUCAUACUGGUGAAAAACCCUAUGAAUGUAAGGAAUGUGGGAAGGCCUUUAGAGUGCGGCAACAACUUACUCUCCAUGAGAGAAUUCACACUGGUGAGAAGCCCUAUGAUUGUAAGGAAUGUGGGAAGACCUUUAGUCGUGGCUAUCAUCUAACUCUUCAUCAGAGAAUUCAUACUGGCGAGAAACCUUAUGAAUGUAAAGAAUGUCAGAAGUUCUUUCGUCGUUAUUCAGAACUCAUUUCACAUCAGGGCAUUCAUAUUGGAGAGAAGCCUUAUGAAUGUAAGGAAUGUGGGAAGGCCUUUAGACUGUUCUCACAACUUACUCAACAUCAGAGUAUUCAUUUUGGUGAGAAACCCUAUAAAUGCAAGGAAUGUGAGAAGACUUUUAGACUGCUCUCACAACUUACUCAACAUCAGAGUAUUCAUACUGGUGAGAAACCCUAUGACUGUAAGGAAUGUGGAAAGGCCUUUAGACUUCAUUCAUCACUUAUUCAACAUCAGAGAAUUCAUUCUGGUGAGAAACCAUACAAAUGUAAGGAAUGUAAGAAGGCCUUUAGACAGCAUUCACACCUUACUUACCAUCAGCGAAUUCAUAAUGUAACUUAAUAAUUAUAGAACCCUUCCAUUAUGAAUUUUGUGUUAAGGAAUAUUAGGAAAUAUAAAGGAAAAGUUUUUGAAUGUAAGAAUCCCUUUUGCUUCUUGCUGAUAACAGCGUAAGAGGUUUUAUUUAAAGGAAAGACUAAUUAAUUUAAUAGAAGGUUUUUUUUUAUCACCAUUCAAUCCGUGUUAAACUUUAGGAAAUUCAUUCAGUGGAUGUGGAAAAGCUUUUGACCUUACAUGUUAUCAUCUCUUUAUUCUUCCAACUGUGUAGUAUACCUAUGAAGGUUGCCAGGGCACCAACUCAUUCUGAAAAUUGAUAAAUAAAGGGAAAGAAAAGUCAUUUAGCCUAUAUUUCCUGUAUGAACUGUAUUUCAGGGCAACAAGAAGUUGAUGAGUAAAGUUCUUCUUUAUUAGAGAAUUCAGCUAAUGCAGAGAGAAUUAUAGAAUUAGGAAAUUCUAUUAGAAAAACGAUUUUGGAACACAUAAUAAAAUAUUGGAUCUAGGCAUGACUCCCAGUAGAGGUUAAGACCAUUAAGUGAAAGGUUGACCUGAACUUUACAGUAAAUAGAUCAGGCUAACAACAUCCGAACUUACUGAUCAAUCUUAACCUCACAAAAAGUAGGACAGUAAAACUUUAUGUGCCCCCUAGUGUGAUACAAUGAGAUAUACAUGUCUUGCAAAAAAUACUGAACCUGAAUUUAAUUAAGCCUCAAGAUCUAACUACUAGUUUAGAGAAAAUUCAGACAAUGGAAGAAAAGUUAUAUGACAUCAAGAAACAGUUAAACCUAAAAUGUAUAUAAUUAUACAAGAGGAAUGACCUGGUUUCUCAACCAAUAAAAUGGCAUUGAAAAAAGGGAGUUGGAAAUCUUAGAUAUUGAAAGAGACUUGAGACAUCAAUGAAAUGCAAUGAAAGAGUGGUUCUUAUUUAGAUCGUGAGUUGAAAAAGCUUGUAAAAAAGACAUUUUUACAGUUGGGAAAAUGGGAAUAUUAUAGUAUUAAAUAAUAUUAAGAAACUGUUUUUGUUAGGUCUGAGAAUAGCAUUGUGGUUAUGUACAAAAUGUCUUUGUUAGAGAUAAAUUCUGUAGUUUGUACACAUAAGGCGAUAUGUCUGGAAUGUCCUUUAAUAUGCUCACACAAAAGAAAAGUGUGGAUGGAUGACAAAUUUGUCACAAUGAUGGUAAGCUGAGUCUUUGGUACUUGGUUUUUAUUUGUUUUUGCUAUUCUUUCCACGUUUAUGUAUUUGAAAUUUUCUAUAAUGUUCUCUUAAUGAUAAAAUUAACCAUGAAAUUAUAACUAGUUUGAAGUGAAUGAUUUUAAAAAAUAUAUCUACAUAUCAAAACCUGGAUGUUGCCAAAGCUCUACACAGUGGGAUAUUAAAUACACUAUAAUGUAUUCAGGAAGUUAAGAUUGAAGGUCCAGACUUUAUCUAGUUCACUUCUCUAUAUCUAUUACAGUACCUGUCCCAUAGUAGGCACUUCAUAUGUUUAAAGAAUGAGUAAAAGAAAGCAAUUACUACAACUAAAUGUGCAAAUUAAUGACCUAGACCUGCAGUGUCUAAUAUGGUAGUCACUAGCAACAUGUUGAGCACUCAAAAUUGAGGUAUUGAGCACUUGAAAUGUGACUAGUCCAGAUUAAAAUGACAUUAAAUGUAAAAUACAUGUACACACAAAAUUUUGAAGACUUAGUUCUAAAAAGAGAAUGGUAAGGAUCUCAAUUUUUUGUAGUGAGUACAUAUUGAAAUAAUAUUUUAGAUAUAUUUGUUCAAGUAAAAUACAUUAAAAUUAAUUUCACCAUUUUUUGUUUUUUAAAUGUGACUGAUGGAAAUUUUAUAAUUGUCUGUGUGGCUCACAUACUUCCAUUGUCAGCACUGGUAUAAACAAUAAAAAAGUAGACUUUA